AUGAAAAUCAGACCUCUCCAGGAUAGAAUCAUUGUUAAGAAAAUCGAAAAAGUGGAAUCCAGCACUAGAGGGCCUUACAUCCCUGAUACCGCGAAAGAGAAGCCUGUCGAAGGGAAAGUUGUGGCAGUUGGCAAAGGCAAAGUCUCCGAAGAUGGGACCGCCAGCUCCCUUGACGUGAAAGAAGGAGACACUAUUCUUUAUUCAAAGUACAGUGGAACGGAGGUCAAGAUUGAUGGUGAAGAGCAUUUCAUUCUUAGGGAGGAAGACAUAUUGGCCGUGAUAGAAACCUGA